UUUAAUUCCCUUGAUUGAUACCUUACUGUUGGAAAAAUCACAAACUCAUGGCUCUCAAUGAUUUAUUUUGCUAAGCUACAAACUAAAUUAUAUUGACGAGGAAUCAAAUUUGCAGAACAGAAGAUCUCCCAUUAGUCUUAUGGCCAAAACUGAACCAAAAAACAUAACCUCUCUUCUCUUGUUGGUGUCGUUGCUCCUUUCUUGCCUCUCCACAGCCUCCACUGCAACCUACCCCACCAUCCCUGGCACCGCUGACACCUCCAUCUUCGCUUCCCAAAACGACAAUCUAAUCCCAGUCCGCCGGGAAGUAUAUGGAAACGGGAGAAUCUUCGACAUCACCCACAGAUACACAAGCGACAUGCCGUGGCAUGGCUCCGAUAAUGGGCUAGGACAGUUUCUCUGGCUCCAAGCCAGCAUGAAGAAUGGAUCGUUCGCUUACAUCUCCGACCUGAAGAUCUCCGUUCACGCUGGUACACACGUAGAUACACCGGCGAACUUUUUCGAGCACUACUUCGAAGCAGGCUUCGAUGUGGAUACUCUUGACCUUGAAGUGCUUAACGGUCCUGGGCUAUUAAUUGAUGUUCCAAGAGAUACCAACAUAACUGCUGAUGUUAUGAAGUCCCUAAAUAUUCCCAAGGGAAUACGUCGCGUGCUUUUCAGGACACUAAACACUCACAGAGGGCUUAUGUUCAAACCACAAUUUGACACAAGCUUUGCGGGAUUUACAGUAGAUGGGGCAAAAUGGCUGGUAGAAAACACAGACAUCAAGCUUGUUGGAAUUGAUUACUUAUCUGUUGGUGUUUGGAGUGAGGCAAUCCCAACUCAUCUAAUCUUUCUAGAAAGCAGGGAAAUCAUUCUGGUGGAAGGCUUAAAACUUGACAAUGUCAACCCUGGAAUAUAUUCUGUCCAUUGUUUACCAUUGAGGUUGCUAGGGUCUGAAGGAUCCCCUGUAAGAUGCAUUCUUAUCAAACGAUAGUUUUUCACUCUAAUGUAAGAUAUGCUACAUGAUGGGAUAGCUUUUCCCUUAUAGUAAUUCUUAUAUACUUCGUUUGUAAUAAAUUAUUUUUAAGAAAAAAAAUUAAUUAAA